UUAUGAUUCUAUUCUUCGGCCAGGGAGCUUUUUCAAAACCUGUGCAGAGGAAUAGUUCACCAGUUGCCCAUAGCAACCAGAGCGCUUCUUUCAUUUUUCAGAGGCCUUUUUAAAAAUAAAGCGAUCUGAUUGGUUGCUAUGGGCAACUGGUCAGCUUUGCCUUUGCACAGGUUCUGAUAAAUCUCCCCGCCGAGGUUGGGAAUUCACGGACGUUUUUUCUAUGAUAUCUUUUCCCUCAUGGAGCUGACAUUAAAGGGACAGUCCACUAUUGUCAACCAUUAACACUGUGACACAGUUUAACCCCUUAACGCCAUUGUCGCAUAUGUGGAAACCCUUAAAACCUGUCUGGAGGUCUGAGGAAGUCGGUAAAUCCUACGAAACAGCUGUCACCAGUGUCGGGAGCGCUCCGGCAUCCUCGCCCGCAGUCUGUUGCACCUUGUCACUUUACUGAGCACAAGCAAUAAAGAAGAUUUAUGUUCCCCAGAGAUGACAGCUUCAGGAAAACGAUUGGUGCAGGGAACUGGAGCAGUACAUCUGAGGCACUGCGGAAGCACUGGAGAAGAUCACCUGCUGCAAUGAGCCGUUGGCACUGGAAUUCCAGCCCACUGAUCGGGCACAGGGCACACUGCAGAAGUGGAAUGGACCUGUCGAUGGAGGACGAGGUGAUCAGGCACAUCCUGGGCUCCUGGAGUCCUUCUGUAAUGGUGCCAGAGCCAUCUGCUGCUGUGGUGACGCCAAGUAUGCGUUGUGAAGCCACCAGGUUACAGACCUUUACAAUGUGGCCUGGAUCCAGUAGUAUGUCCCCCCAGGACCUUGCCAGGGCAGGCUUUUUCUACCUAGGCCCUGAGGACCGGGUACAAUGCUUCUGUUGUGGAGGGGUCCUAAGGCGUUGGGAACCUGGCGACCAAGCACUCAAUGAGCACCGGAAGUUCUUUCCUUCAUGCCCCUUUGUGCUUGGCAGAGAAGUGGGCAAUAUCCAAUUUUCAGCUGGCAGAGACUCUGUGGACGGCCAGAUUCUCGGACAACUGAAUAGGUUUCCUGUUGAGGAAGAGGAGGAGGCCUGGCAUGCAGUGUACCCUGAAAUGAUGGAGGAAAGGGAGAGACUGGCAACAUACAGCAGCUGGCCUCCGUAUGCCGAGGUGACCCCUGAUGUCCUGGCCCGGGCAGGCUUCUUCUACACUGGACACCGGGAUAACGUCAAAUGUUUUCACUGUGAUGGGGGACUGAGGAACUGGGAGCGGGGAGACGACCCAUGGAAAGAGCACGCAAAGUGGUUCCCAAGAUGUGAAUUCCUCAUACAGUCCAUGGGUCUGGCCUAUGUCCGCAGUGUACAGGAUGCUUUAUUCAGUAGUCCGGAAACUACGCCUGAAUCUCAGAGGUCUGUGGACAGGAGCCCAGGGAGCCCCAGUGAUUCUCCUGGUGACUUCCUUCAGUCAUCCAUAGCCCAGGCUGCUCUGCAGAUGGGAUUCGAUGAAAACUUGGUGGCCAGUCUGGUUCAAAGUCGCUUCCUGCUGGUUGGGGCCCCUUACAGUUGUGUGUCUGACCUGGUCCAUGAUCUAGUUCAGGCAGAAGAGGAUAGACAGGCACACACAACAGACUUUUUAAGGAUUCCUGAAGCUCCAGCACAGAGGGCAAAUACAGAGCCCCAACUACCAAAAGAACCAGGUAAGGUUCCACUCAGCACUGAAGAGCAGCUCCGGAGGCUGAAGGAGGAGAGAAUGUGUAAAGUGUGUAUGGACAAGGAUGUGUCUAUGGUCUUUGUGCCAUGUGGCCAUCUGGUGGUCUGUAUGGAUUGUGCCCCCAAUCUUAGACACUGCCCGAUCUGCAGGGCAACGAUCAGAGGCAGCGUACGGGCCUUCAUGUCCUGAGGUCUUCAACAGGUACCAUGUGGGAUCCUAUAAGCUGCAGGCGCCUGGACAAUGGGCUGGUCUCUCAGCCUCUGCAUUCAUGACUGUGGCCUGUACAGAAUAUUAUAAAGGGGUUUUAUUUAUUCUUUUUGCUUAAAAUAAAGUGAGACGCUAAUAUGAUGCUGUGGGAUGUUUUGCAAUAAAGUGUUUUAUA